GCACUUUUGAUAUAAAAAAAAAAAAAAACACUUCUCAAAAAUAAGUAAUUUUGGAAGCUUGGCCAAAUAGGCUAUAGACCUUCAUUUCCAAGAGUGAAUAGAAGAAGGCAGUCCCUUAGAGAAGUGGAAGAUGUUUGAUGAUGAGCGUGAAGACUAUCUCUCCAGUGGUGGUUUUGAGUGUAACAUUUGCCUGGAUCUUGUGCGUGAUCCGGUGGUUACCUUGUGUGGUCACCUAUACUGCUGGCCUUGCAUCUACAAGUGGAUUCACUUACAGAGCAGCCCUUCCGAAAAUCCAGAUCAACUGAGCCCACAAUGUCCUGUUUGCAAGGCCGAAGUUUCACAAAGAACCUUGGUUCCACUCUAUGCCCGCGGCCAAGCUACAAAACCAUCUGAAAACGACGUUCCAAGUGAGGGUAUAGUCAUACCACAAAGGCCUCCAACUCCAAGAUGUGGGGUCCACACGCCGAUAGCAACUACUGAUUCACAUCCAUCCCAACAGAACCCUCGAUCACAUCAGUCUCAUUCUACCAGCAGCUACAUGGCCCCACCAAUGCUCAGCGUUGGUGGCACGACGACAAAUGUGUUACAUCCCAUGGCUUAUGCACGGGUUUCUAGAAAUUCAUCACCGACGUUGUAUACAUAUCCAAUUAACUCAUAUCACCGGGCAGGCAGCGGUAGUUUGAGAAUGAGAAGGCAACAAUUACAUGCUGAUAAAUCACUUGGCAUAUUAUAUUUUUUUCUCUUCUGUUGCGUAGUGAUAUGUCUUAUCUUGUUGUGACGACUUUUACUGCUAUAAUUCCGUAUGUACUUUGUAGAAAUAUGUACUACUGUAGUGGAUCAUCAACAUGCAAGCUUGGACCUAUAUGAAAUU